CGUGCCGCAGCGGACCCGAGCCGCGGGACUCACCGAGCUUAAUCCGCCGGCGUCUUGUCCAUGUGACUUUGAUCCUCUUAGGGCGCGGGCACUCAUCCCGCGCCGCCUCGGCCUUCAGCGGACACAGAUGGCGAGCGGCGGCCAGAAAGUGGUUUUGAUCACCGGCUGCUCGUCGGGCAUCGGCCUGAGGAUGGCCGUCAUGCUGGCCAAGGACGCGGACAAGCGCUACCAUGUGGUGGCUACCAUGCGGGACCUGAAGCGCAAGGACAAGUUGGUGGAAGCCGCCGGCGAGGCGUAUGGGAAAACGCUCUCUCUGGCCGUGCUGGACGUGUGCAGCGACCAGUCGGUCAAACGGUGCAUCGACGGCAUCAAGGAUCGCCACGUCGAUGUCCUGAUCAACAACGCGGGCAUCGGCCUGGUGGGCCCCCUGGAGAGCAUUCCUAUCGAGGAGAUGAAGAAGGUGUUCGAAACCAACGUCUUCGGCGUGAUCCGAAUGAUCAAGGAAGUGAUGCCUGACAUGAAGAGACGCAAAGGGGGGCACAUCAUCGUGGUCAGCAGUGUCAUGGGACUCCAAGGAGUGGUCUUCAACGACGUCUACGCGGCUUCCAAGUUUGCCAUGGAGGGCUUCUGCGAGAGUCUGGCCGUGCAGCUGCUCAAGUUCAACGUCACCUUGUCGAUGAUCGAGCCCGGCCCAGUUCACACGGAGUUUGAGGCCAAGAUGAUACAAGACGUGCGGCAGAAGGAGUACCCGGGGACCGACCCGGACACUGUGCACGACUUCAAGAACGUCUACCUGCCGUCUUCCGUGGACAUUUUUGAGACGUUGGGACAAACGCCGGAUGACAUAGCCAGAUGCACCAAGAAGGUGAUGGAAGCCAGCAGUCCGCGAUUCCGCAAUCUCACCAACCCUUUGUACACGCCCAUAGUGGCCCUCAAGUACGCCGACGAGACGGGCGGCCUGUCGGUCCGCGCCUUCUACCACAUGCUCUUCAACCUGGGCUCGCUCAUGCACAUCAGCAUGAGCGCCAUGAAGUACCUCACCUGCGGCUGUCUGAGGAGCCGCGCCGUGUCGCCAAACUAA